AUGCGCACUAGUACCUCCUCGGCGUACAUCGCAGCGCUCUUGUUGUGCGUUGGCACUGCCGCUGGCCAUGGCCUGCUGGUAGACCCAAAGCCAUCGUGGGUGAAUCCAAACGGAGACCUCACUGCGUACUGCGACCUCCUUGAUGGCCCCAACCUUCUGCCAGGCGGUCCGUAUAACCUUGGUCCGGAGGACAACGCCAACAUGUUUGCGAAAAACUUCAAAGCAUCGCCGUAUAUGUCCCUCCGCGACUUCGUCAACAAGAACUCUGCCACGUGUGGCGCUUGCGGGCUCACGACGAUGGUUGGCAGUACCCCCCAAUCAAUCAACCCGGCUGGGACGAUCCAGUGGAAACACGACGACGAAGGGUUUGUUGAGACGCACAACGGGCCGUGCGAAGUCUGGUGCGACGACUCGAUCGUGUUUCAAGACGACAACUGUCCGUUGCAUGAACCGUCUGGCCUCUUGAGAGUGGACAUGGACAAGUGCCGAAAGGCCAAGUCGCUCGUCAUAUAUUGGCUCGCGUUGCAUUCGCCCCAGUGGCAAGUAUACCUCAAUUGUGUGGCGUUGGGUGGCAAUGGCAACUCGAUUGACCCUUCGGUGCCCCCCAUCAGCACCUCGAGUUCACCCAACGCCACCAAGAAUGUCCCAUCGACCAAGGCUGUCAUCGCGACUCCCAAACCCUCGCCACCUUCGUUCAAGCCCACGACCACUUCCUACACGCCCUCACCAACUUCAUUCAAGCCUCCACCCACCCCUUAUACGCCCACGACACCAAAGCCCGCCACAACUCGAUAUCCUCCCCAAUCCACUGACCCUCGUUCGUCGACGCCAUAUCCAUCCACAACACGGCAAUCAACUGUGGCGCGGCCGUGGCAACAAUGCGGCGGACAGGGCUAUAAGGGGCCAACGACCUGUGUCUUGGGGUUUGAGUGUAUUGUAUUGCAGCCUGUGUGGUUCAGCCAAUGCCUUGCCCAUGCGCCAGUGCCGUCGAAGGAAUUUGACACGUGGGAGCAGUGCGGAGGCAGAGGCUUUACCAAAUCCUUGGCGUGCAAGGCUGGAAACGUGUGUGUCAGUCGCAACGACUUCUUUAGCCAGUGUGUCCCCUUCUAA